UUUUUCUUGUUGUCGAUUUAUUUGCAAAUAACCGGAAAAUCUUGUUCACUUUUUCCUGGGGUGGGCUUUUGUCAGACCACAAUUAUGAGACCGGAUUUCGACAGCUCUCGCGAUUCCCCAGGUGGAAUUUUUUUCCGAUUUCGAUUUCAGCAAAAAUUGACGAAGUUAUCGCCGAACAACUGGAUUAGAGAGACCAUUUUGUUCACUUUUUCCCUCCGACAUUCAACCAUAGAGCUUCAAAAAGACCACGGCAGUCGAUUCCACUUGAAUUCCCCAGAUGGAAUUUUUUUCCGAUUUUCCGAAAAAAAUCUGGUUCGCGAGGUUCAAAGGCAAAUUUCAGAGCCAUGAACCAGCUGUCGCUGCUCCCGAGCCAUUGGACGACAGCACAUCUUCUCCGAUGGAAGUCGUUGACGAACCACACGACGACCACGACGAAGCCUGGUGCGACGAAGACGCCGGUGCCGCCUCGGGUGGAAGUCAGGCCACACUGUCUUUCGGGUCCGCUGCUGCUCUCGGUGGGUCUCCAGCAGCUUGCGCCGCACUGUCUUGGGUUCGCGAGGUUGCACCGCCUCGGCGUGCGGAGGGACCUUGUCGGCAGACUCUCAGCCGUCGCAGACAGGUUGCGCUAGGGGCUGCGAAACGUCAGAUGGCGAGCUAUAUGGCCGGCUGGCUGACGCGUGGAGCGGAGCAGCAGUCACAGCAGUCAUUACCUCAAAGUUCGGAGACGCAACGUGCGGCGGAACCACUGCUUGAAGAGGACGACAGCAGUGAGUUGGUGAGAUUCCUAGGAAAAUAAGCUGUCCGAAACGCGCAAGCGUGGACGGAGGUGUGUGUCGUGGUGUUUUUGUUUUUGUAUUUGUGGUGUUCACUUUAGUUAUAAUCAUUUUUGUGUGUUUGUGUCGUGGUGUUCGCUUUUGUAAAUCGUGUCCUGUGAGGCGAGGGUUACCCGUUCAGAGCGUGUUUGGGCUCUUACCGGACAUUUACAGUGUGAUUUGGGGGUUCCGUGAAGAGGUUAGGGGGCCCCGUGGGGGGUCGGAGGGGGGGAAGGUAGGGGUUCCGUGGAUCAUUAUGACCAAAAAGUCACAUUUUGUCCAAACACAAAAAAACUCAUCGGAUAUCGACGCAGCUCGACGCCGCCGUCACGGCCAAAGCAGUUUCACCUUCCAAAUCGUUUUUGUUCGAAAGUUAUCGCUAAAAAACAAAAUGGACAAAUUGUCCUGGACUGACCAUACGCGUUGAACCUGGGGGGGGGCGAAUGUCGUGCAAUGAGUCAACCCUAGUUUAAGUCAGUGUAAGCAGACUUGGGGUAGUUUGAUCGCAGCAUAGUCUAUAUGUUGAGGCGUGAUGCAAUGGACCUGAAAAUGAUGGCUCUGGGAGCAGGGUUGGAGUUAGUUCUGAUUGAGAUAUCGUCAAAUAAGGUCAUGAGAAGUGUAUGAGGUGGAGACUAGAAUUGAGAAGGUGUGGGUUUAUGGUUGGAAUGAUGAACUUAUGAGGGAUUUGCAGUCGGUUGAGAG